CAGAAAUAUUUGACCCAUAAUGCACCGCUAGGCUGACAAGUGGAUCCAAGAUGGCGUAGAAAGUAAAGCUAGAAACUCUGUCCCAGAGUCAUGGAGGACAGAAGGCCACAGAAGUCAUGUGACGAGGCCAUUGGAUCAUUAGUGAGGCAGGAGUAUGAGGCAGCAGUGGCUCACAGCACAGAGGCCCUGCAGGCCAUGGGACCCCGGACGCCGACCCCCGGCACGACCCUCCUUCGCAAUCGCGCCUUGCUCUACCGCAUAGCAGCACGGCUGCAGCUGAAGGACUACGACCAGGCAGAUGAAGACUGCAAGCAUGUGUUUGCUGAGGAACUGGGGGCGGGAGAAGACAGUUUCAGGGCGGGGCUUCAGAAUCUGAUGCUGGAUGGAAGCUUACAGGAAGUGUGCAGUGUUCUCUCUAAAGCACUUUAUGGAGAACCAAUGAAUGGCAUCAUGACUAAAGACAUGACACGACUGAAGAGGUUGCUCUCAGAAAUAGAGGCUGUGAGGAGUAAAGCGGCCUCAGAAUUGACUGAAGAGACCGAGGAGGAUGUUCAGGAGGGCUGGCAGUUUCGAGCUCCUCCUAGAGGGGUCACCAGUAGCGAGGAGUACACGCUGUGUAAAAGGUUUUUGGAGCAAGGUUUGUGUCGGUACGGGGCUCAGUGCACAUCGGCUCACUCGCAGGAGGAACUGACGGAGUGGCAGCGGCGUUACGCCUCUCGACUGAUCCGUCUCAAGCAGCAGCAAGAUGGGAAACAUUUCACUGAAAACUACAUGGAGGCGCUCAUUGAGAAAUGGAUCAAUUCGCUCUCACCUGAGAGAGUGAUGAAUGACUGCGUGGAUGGAGUGACUGUGGAGCACAGCUCAGGCCUCUCUAUUACCGUCCACAGCAAAAAAUCAUCCCAUGCCUGGACAUUUACUCUUUUCUGCAAGCCGGUGCGUACGCUGCACCGCGUCGCUUUGCUUUACGAUGCCAACCGUCCACACUUCUCCAUCACGGCGGUUUCGGCCGGGGAUGCGUCUACCCAGGUACCUCAGGAGGUUUCUGAGAGAGGCUGCCAGGAGUGGAGCUCAGUCGGCCUGGUACAGAACGGUAUGGAUCACUGCGUUUACACUGUGGUGGUGUCAUUUAGCACAGAGAUCUUCGGGACGUUUCGUCAGACCGUGGUGUUUGAUUUCGGCUCUGAGCCCGUGCUCAUGCAGCGUGUGAUGGUGGAUGCUGCCUCUAUUGAAGAUCUCGAGCAUCUGAUGCAAGCUCGACAGCAGCUUCUGAUGACUGCUAAGCGCUGGGACUCGUCGUGUAAAACCAUUGUGGAGUUCGUCCCCAAUGAGAACAUGGAGCUGGAGCGUAGCCUGCUAACCAGAUAUCAGAUCCCGCUAUCUGCCGAUCAGCUCUUCACCCAGUCUGUCCUGGACAAAACCCUCACCAGAGAUAACUAUCAGUCCCGCUUUCACGACCUGCUCUACAUCGAGGAAAUUGCUCAGUACAAAGAAGUCAGCAAGUUCAACAUCAAGGUUAACCUGCAGCUGGUGACGAGCUUUAUGUUGACUGGCAUUUCCGGCGGAGCAAAGUACGCUCAGAACGGACAACUAUUCGCGCGCUUCAAGCUGACAGAGACUUUGUCUGAAGACACGCUAGCCGGACGACUCGUCAUGACAAAGGUCAACUCUGUGCUGCUCUUGCCUGUUUUUAAAGAACGACUAGGUCCGAACCAGCCGUCGGGAGCCAAGGAACGCGUGUAUGAAGCUCUGAUUGAAGAAAAGACAAAAGACUACAUUUUCCUGCGCAUCUGUAAGGACUGCUGCGAGGAGCUCGGGCUCAUGGCAGAUCAGGAGCUACAGGUCGAGCUGCAGUUUCAGUUGAACAGACUUCCUCUGUGCGAGAUGCACUAUGCUCUGGAUCGCAUCAGAGAUAACAGCAUACUAUUUCCAGAUGCCAGCCUCACUCCAACAAUACCCUGGAGUCCCAACAGUUUGAAUCCCCUGUGCCACAGGCAGUGGGACGAGCAGCUGGAUCCCCGUCUGAACGCCAAACAGAAGGAGGCUAUUCUGGCCAUCACCACCCCCCUCACCAUCAGCCUCCCGCCGGUGCUCAUCAUCGGACCCUACGGCACAGGCAAGACCUUCACGCUGGCCCAGGCUGUCAAACACAUCCUCAAACAGCCCGAGACACGAGUUCUGAUCUGUACCCAUUCAAACAGCGCUGCGGAUCUCUACAUUAAAGAUUAUUUUCAUCCAUACGUGGAGGCUGGCAAUCCACACGCACGACCUCUCAGGGUUUACUUCAGGAACCGUUGGGUGAAGACGGUACACCCGGUGGUGCAACAGUACUGCCUGAUCUCCGGCGCGUACUUCACCUUCCAGAUGCCCACGCGACAGGACGUAGAGCGCCACCGUGUGGUUGUGGUUACACUCAGCACGUCCCAGUACCUCUGCCAGCUUGACCUGGAGCCAGGGAUCUUCACACACAUCCUGUUGGACGAGGCAGCACAAGCCAUGGAGUGUGAGACCAUCAUGCCGCUAGCCUUGGCCAAUAAAGCCACUCGUGUGGUGCUGGCAGGAGAUCACAUGCAGCUCAGUCCAUUCGUGUACAGCGAGUUUGCGCGGGAGAGGAACCUGCACGUCUCUCUGCUGGACCGUCUGUACGAGCAUUACCCCUCCGAAUAUCCCUGCAGGAUCCUGCUGUGCGAAAACUACCGCUCUCAUGAGGCAAUCAUCAACUAUACAUCUGAUCUCUUCUAUGACGGCAAACUGAUGGCCAGUGGGAAACAGCCGCCCCAUAAAGAUUUCUACCCUCUCACUUUCUUCACUGCACGUGGAGAGGACGUCCAGGAGAAGAACAGCACAGCUUACUAUAACAACGCUGAGGUUUUUGAGAUAGUUGAACGUGUGGAGGAAAUGAGGAAGAAGUGGCCGGUGGCCUGGGGAAAGCUGGAUGAGGGAAGCAUCGGGGUGGUUUCGCCCUACGCCGACCAGGUCUUCCGUAUCCGAGCCGAACUUCGCAAAAAGAGGAUGCACGAGGUCAGCGUGGAGAGAGUGCUCAACGUCCAGGGUAAGCAGUUUCGCGUGCUGUUCCUGAGCACCGUUCGCACCCGUCACACCUGUAAACACAAGCAGACGGCCAUCAAGAGGAAGGAGCAGAUGGUGGAGGACUCCACUGAAGACCUGGACUACGGCUUUCUGUCCAACUACAAGCUGCUCAACACCGCCAUCACUCGAGCUCAGUCCCUGGUGGCCGUGGUGGGAGACCCCAUUGCGCUCUGCUCGGUGGGACGUUGCAGAAAGUUCUGGGAGACCUUCAUCUCCAUAUGUCAUGAGAACCACAGUCUACACGGCAUCAGUUUUGAACAGAUUAAGAUCCAGCUGGAGGCCCUGGAGCUGAAGAAGACCUAUGUGCUCAAUCCACUCGCCCCAGAGUUCAUCCCUCGAGCCCUGCGCUUGCAACAUCCACAGGCUCCUGGCAAACACCAGCACUCUCCACCAAAGGCGAAAGGACAGCUGGCCAAUCACACAGAGCCCUUUCCACCUGAAGGCUUUGUUCAGCCGAGCGCUGCUGUUUUGAUGGGCAACCCCAUUCAGGCCUUCACCCCGCCAGGGCCAGGAGCUCCAUCCUCCGGGAAAUCUCCAAGUCCUGUUCAAAGAAUCGACCCUGGAGCCAGCAUCUUGUAUGUGCCUGCUGUCUACGGGGGCAAUAUGGUCAUGCCCAUGCCUCUACCCUUGCCGUGGCCAGGCUAUCAGAGUCGUUUCCCUAUGGAUCCUCGCAUCAUGAGUCAUCCAGCCACCAUGGCGGCCUACCUGCGACCGGCGGCCAGUCGAACCUCACCUGUGCUGUAUGGAUUCAAUCACCCGUCACCUCUCGGUCUGAACCAGCAGCCCGGCACGGACAAGGAGCUGCUACAGGAGCCAAGCGGGAAUGGAAAAAUGGACAUAAAUGGAAAACCGGAGCAUUGCAGGCUGCUAACACCCGAGAGGAAAGCACCUGAGCUGAAAGAAAAACAGGGAGACCCAGAGGCGGUGCAGAACAAAAGUCCCGAACCCCAGUCGAGCAUGGGUUUCCCCGCCAGCCGCCUUAUGCGCAAAGACCCGCAGGCUCAAAGGGCCCUCAACUUCCACAUGGGGCCGCCGCAUCCCGGUUUUCCCCCACACCACGGAAACAGUCCAUUUCCACAGCAGUACGGACUGGCCAGACCUCCUCUCCGUAUGCAGACCCCCAUGCACCCCCAGGCCGCCUCCUUUCCCCCGUCGUUCUUCAGCGGGCCUCCGAUGGCACACCGUGGACUGCAGUCUCCGGUGCUGGAGGGAUUGGAGGGCGGCGACGUCUCGAUGGGGCCGGUUUCCGGAGGGGUGUCUGAAGAUCUGAAAGGUGUUGUGAGAGGUCUGCCCCCACAGUCGCAUCAGCAGCCUCUGCGUCUCAACAGCUUUGGAGAGGAGAGUUUGGACUCUCUGUUGGGUGAUACUCUGGAUGGUCAGGUUUCUUCAGGGUUGGAUGCUCUGGGCCCCCAGCAGCAACAACACACUCGUGUGGGUCAGUGGGGUGAACAUGCACCCUUCCUGCAGCCUGGAGUGGCUCCCUUCCCUCUGCCGCAACAGUUGGCUCAUCUCAGUCAGCCGGGCCUGCGACUCCCUCAGCAGCUUCUUCGAGCCGGCUGGGGUCUGGGUCCUGCUGCAGAGGAAGAGCCCAGAAAUGUCAUGCCCAGAUAUCCCGGCCUUUUGCGUGAGAUGCUGCCUCAGGAGCAAUACGAGCAGCGCGAGCCAGCCGACAUGCCUCCUCCUCAAUCUCGUCUUCUUCAGUACCGCCAAGUCCAGCCCCGAAGCCCCGGGGACCUGCCGUCGCCCUCCUCAUCCGGCAAUCCCAACCAUUUCCCGGCUCCGCCCUCCUACCCCGACACCAGCCGAGAGCCGCCCAUGAGCAGCCAGCCCUUCCAACAGCAUCAGGCCUUCAACCAGGCGUCCUUCUCUCUGCCACCCGAGCACACAGCACCGGGCGCUCUUCCGGUGAAGUACCUCCUGAAGGAAGCUCACUGGCCUCACCCCAAUCUGCCCCAGAGCCACGUGCUGGGACACGGUUUGCCGUUUGGCCUGCAGGCAAUGGCUCACAGACAAGAACAUGGUCCUCUCACGCAGCUCCAGCACCACCAGCAGCAGAAACAGCAACUUCAGGCGGCGCAGAACAGCCUGCACAGCGUAGAAGAGUAUGAACCACGGGGUCCCGGGCGGCCCCUCUACCAGAGGAGGAUCUCCUCCAGUUCCCCACAGCCGUAUCCGGACAGUCAGGAUCCUCAGGACCACCCCGCACCCUCCUACAGAUACCCAACAGCAGACUUAUGGCUGGGCAGCAGCGGUCCUGGCCCGGCCUCCGCUCCUCUCCACAACAUUCCAUGUAACGGAGCGAGCCACCUUGUCCCGCACCGGGAGGUUUUAGUUUCAAAGGCAAUGAGCGUCCCAGAUGAACACGUCAAGGCCGAGUGUCUCCCGCAGUCACCUCAUCCCGUUAGUGCCGCGUCCCUCCAGCACCACGGACAGUUUCCACCCCUCAUGCCCAGCAAGCAAACCCCGCCAGAUCCAGGAGGGGGAAACGGCAGCCCGGGAGCCCCCCAGAGGCCCGGCAACCCCAAACCCCCGACCAUGUCCUACGCCAGCGCCCUUCGUGCCCCUCCGAAGCCCCGCCCGGUGCCCGAGCAGGUCAAGAAGAACAGUGACCCCAUCUCUCUGUUACAGGAACUUAGCAUAGGCAGUUCAAACAGUAGCAAUGGCUAUUACACGUAUUUUAAAUAAGUCAAUAUAUAUGAGCUAUAUACACCAGUUAAAAAGAAAACGAUUGAAAAAAAUAGAAUAACAAUCUAAAAAAAACUAUAAAAAUGUCUUGAUUUUGUGGGUUAGUUAGACAAUUUUGCGUUUUAUUAUUUUUUACUCGCUUUAGUACUCGUUGGUUCUUUUACAGUUUGGCAUCUGUGAUUUUACAAACCGAAUCAGCAUAUACAUAUACAUAUAUAGAUAUAUAAAUAUAUAUAUCAUGAAUACCAAAACAUUUCAGGAAAAACGUUUUAAAAAAACAACAAAAAAAAAAGAUUUAUGGAAGAUAAAAGAUUUUUAAAAACACCAUGAAUUGGUUGACCACUGAGCUGCCCGUCUCCUGUAAUUUUGUCUGCUCUCUCUCUCUUUGCAUCCACUCCCAGAAGUAAAACCUGUUGAAGUGAUUUCUCCCAGCUGGCAUUUUUUUCUGAUGUUUAGUUUCUUGAUCAUUAUUGGUGUGUUUUCUCGUGCUUGCAGCUGAGUGGUGAAUUGACUCGGAUCAAAAAUAUUAUAAAAAGUUGUAUAGAUGUAGACAGACUUUUCUCAGAACUGUACAUAUGAAUAAAUGAAUACAUGAGAUCAAAAGUCUUGGCCUUUUUCUUUUACUUGCACAUAUCAGUGUAUACAGAAUCAAAAUGGGGACAAAAUGACACGGUUCCCACAGGUCCUUGAUAUCCUUGAAAGUUUGGGGGGGGAUUCAAGGCCCUAGAAAGUUUUUUUUUA